UUCUCUUUUAACGCAGACUCGCGCACUAACAUGGGGGAAAGAGAGAGCUCCUGACGCGGAUUGACUUUCAGCGAACCUCUGCUCUGGUGCGAGGCUCAGAGACGGGGAGGGGGGAAAACGGAAGACAUGUUGAGGGUUUUUUCGUCUUGAGGUUGCGGUAGGAUGUUGAUGUUGCGCUUUUAAAUAGAGAGAAAAAUCACAACCACACACGGUUCUUCUUGGAGAGAAAACGAGACUAGGGCAAAUGGACAUUUGGCGGUAGGUUGUGCUCGGGAGCUAUUGUUUUGAUCGCUGUUUAUUUAAUUGGUUUGUUAUGAUCUGAAAUAACGUAGGCCUCUUGGGCAGCCCUGCAGAAGGCUGAAUAAACACACACAAGGGCUACAUUAGUUGGGAAUUAAACCCGACAAAAAGCUUGUGUUUUAGGGGGCAUGUUUUUAAGGCCACCGUGUAUCGUGAGGUGAGAUAAGUGUGAGCUACCUGUGUGUUGUGAAACAAACGCGGCGCUUAGAUUGCGUUUAUUAAGCCAGAGAGCUAACACAUUUCUUGAUAGAUCAACUCUUCAGUGAGGGGGUCAUACAAAGGCCCAGCAGGAGAUACAGUAAAGGCGUCUUUGCGGCAUCAAAAGAUCUUCUAAUUUUUUUUAACUGCGGAGGAAACUCGUCCGCGGGCUGGCUUUAAGCACAAAAGGUGCACACGAGUAGGUGAGCCGAUCCUCCUCCCAGUUUAGCGCAAGGCAGGGGGACAAAAGACGAUUUCUAAAUGUUAAUGUCGACCGACGUUGCAUCCAUCAUGCUGCCUGUGUCCCGGGGUCUCAUGGACCGGGAUAGAGAGCUGGACGCCAUGGCCGGGGUGCACCCCAACGCCGGCGGCUCUCCGGCGGUCGUGCGGGGCAUGAAGCGCGGAGACCCGGAGCCCGACGGACAGGCGGCGGCCGCGCUGGUGGACGCCACCGGGGCGGAGUGCAAGCGUCCCCGGAUCGACGGCUCGGGAGUGAUCUGCGAGGUUGGCCAGAACAACGACCCUUUGACCCUCGGUUACCAUGGCUACCCGUCUCAUAGUCAGGGCUCUCAGGAUAGUACUGGCGGUCAGGAGGGACUCGUGCCUCCACCUUUCUCCGCAUUCCCACCGCCUCCGCCGCCGCCCCCUCAGAACGGCCUAGCCCUGGACUACGGGGGCAGCCUGUAUGCGGCGGGGGCCGUCCAGGGCCCCGUGGAAGCCGGCGGAGUGGUGAAUAGCGUCGCCAACAGCCUCAGUGUUCAGCAGUCGGACGGGUCCUCCCAGAUUGACGGUGCAUUAGUGGUCGCCUCAGGAGGAGUCGGUGGUGGAGGGAGCAUUGGGGAUGACUCGGACGCCAAGGGGACCCCCAAACGCCUCCACGUGUCCAACAUCCCCUUCCGCUUCAGAGACCCCGACCUGCGGCAGAUGUUUGGGCAAUAUGGCAAAAUCCUCGACGUGGAGAUAAUUUUCAACGAAAGGGGAUCCAAGGGCUUUGGUUUUGUAACAUUCGAGACGAGCGUGGAUGCGGAGCGGGCCCGAGAGAAGCUUCACGGCACGCUGGUGGAAGGGCGUAAAAUCGAGGUGAAUAACGCCACAGCUAGAGUGAUGACGAACAAGAAGAUGAUCACACCUUACUGUAACGGCGAGGGCCUCGCAGCACUGCCAUACGCUGGAUGGAAGUUAAGUCCCAUGGUGGGAGCGAUGUACAGCCCCGAGCUCUAUACAGGUACGAGCACAAGCAUUCACACUGAUUCGCCACGUUGUGUUGAAGACUGGAUGCACAGAUGUUUUUACCCUAAAGGCACUUCAGCCGAUCUCUCCCACCUUCUCCGUCUCUCAGUACCGGGGUUCCCGUAUCCGGCGGCAGCGGCUGCCGCUGCCUCCUUUCGAGGCGCUCACCUCCGGGGCCGAGCCCGACCCGUCUACAGCGCCAUCAGGGCCGCUGUGCCACAACCCGCCAUCCCUACCUACCCGGGUGUGAUGGCCUAUCAGGAUGGCUUUUACGGUGCAGCUGAUCUCUAUGGCGGCUAUGCAGCGUAUCGUUAUGCCCAGCCGACUGCGGUAGCCAAUCCCGCGGUGGUGGCGGCGGCGGCUGCAGCGGCAGCUUACAGUGACAGCUACGGACGAGUUUACACAGCAGACCCCUACCAUGCUGCGCUCAACCCGGCUGCCUACGGCGUUGGAGCCAUGGCCACACUGUACAGGGGAGGCUACAGUAGAUUUGCCCCUUACUAAAGACACUACAUUUCCCAGGAGCUCCCCUCUUCCAUUGAUUUUCUCUGAAAGAGCUCCCUCUGUUGUCGUGGAGGUGGACUGCACCCAGUUUUAAAGUGAGGAGUCGACUCAACAAAGAUAUUUCAGAUCCCUCCCCAGAGCAGUCCCACGUUUUCAUAUAUCCGCUACUACAGAAAUAGAGGAAUGCUGUAUUAAAGACUGACAGAUGGCCUUUACAGUAAAACAAAAAAAAGAAGAAAAAAAAGACUUUAAAUGACCACCUUCCCUAUUGCACGGCUGCAUUAUAGUCCCCUCUUCUUAAUCCCUCGGCACUCGGCAGCACAAGACUCGUGAUGGAGCCCAGAUGUUCUUCCAAAGGCUGUAUGUGGAUAACUGACAUUUUAAACAGCUGUCAACCGUGUGUGACGGGGGGAAAAAGAGAGCCGAGUGUUGUGUGGCCUGCACGCACUCACCAUUUGAAGGAAAAAGGGAGGCAAUCAAGUCUCCACAAGGCGGCGGAGCGGUAGAAAGCAGGAUGGCGCAUCGAAAGAGAAGCUUAAAAUAAAUGUUGAACCGGAAUGACAAGUCACCGAUUUAAAAACAAAAAAAACAUCCAUUGAUGAAAUUUUCGUGAUCCCACCUUAGUGUGGGCGGAUAGUAAUGAGAGAGGCUUUCCAUUCCCGCCAUGUGUUGGCAGAGGGGGGGCGCGACUGAACACGGCGGCCUGGAGGGAGGAUGUGUGACAGAAAUCAUGUCUGAAAACUGAAGGGAGGGAGGGAUAUUAGAGCUGCUCCUUACCUCAAGUUUUCUUAGUGUGUGGAAAUGGUGAACCUUUAAACUUUAAAAUUGUUAUGAUAUGCAAAGAAAUUAGUUUAGAGAAAAAAGUUACCAAAUUAUUAUUAUUAUUGUAAUUAUUCUUAUUCUAAUAAAAACACAUUAUUUUCAUUUGACUCGGCAGCCACUGCUGUCACGGGGCAUGUAGAUCCAACAGUGAACCUUGGGGUUAACAUCAGAUAACAAGCAUCUGUAUUUCAAAACCUUCACCUCGUGGACUGUACGACACAACGACAGUCUCACCUCACUGUGUGCAGCCGCCACCAGAACACCACGGAAAGAUCACACUAAAACAUGUUGGUCUUGAAUUGAUUUCCUUCGCUUUUAGAUCCAAACGGCAUCAUCCGAUCACAACCCUGGGGUUCAAGUAUUUGUUGAUACUUUUAAUGUAGAGAUUUAUGAUUUGGAUUCCCGCUCCAUCUUUUAUAGAGCAACGUCCAACAUUUAAAAUGAGUCUUCCUGAAACAUACAUUAGUCAGUAAUUGUUUUCGAGGCGCUGCCAGAUAGCGCUUUACUGAGCAAGAGAGAUUCUGUCGAUGAUUUAAUAGAAAAUAUUUAAAUGCAAAACACCUUACUAUUGUGCAUAUUUCUAUACCGUUGUAUUCUAUAUUUCCAGAAUGUGGCUUUUUUUUUCUUUUUUGUUUUUUGUUCCAAAGAUUUGUAGAAAGCACAUUUUUCUGCUGUAUGUAUAAAUAUAUUAUCUUUGUUAUUGUUAUUAUCAUAAUCUUAUGGCUGUCCUUAUUUACUUCUUUUUCACUUUGUUUGUCUUUUUCUUAAUAUAUAUAUAUAUAUAUAUAUAUCUUAAGUGUUGUUCCUUCUCCAGUAAGGUGCAAGUUCGAUUUCAAGUUUGUUUAUUGUUGUUUUCUUUUGCAUUGGAAUACAGUUUGAGUCGAGCGUGUACCUGAGAAGCGACGAACUAGAGGUAUGCAUGUAACACUAUCAAAUCUGUCCGCUUGGUGAAAUAUUCAGUCAAUCCAAGCGACGGUUGUUUUUAUGUUUUUAUUUUGGGUUGAUUAUAGGAUCCGUUAGCAUGACAUUUGAUGAUUUCAAAAGUAUACAGCAACGGCUGGAUUUUUCUCUUAUUGUGUCCAUGUUUUGGUGACUGAGACAUUUGGAAUGAAUGAACACAGGCGUGUAGCACUUUGGGUCAAACCAACUGUGUUUCUUUUUUCAAAAUUUAUUUUUGAGUUUGAAGUAGACUCCUUACAUUUCAGUGGUUGAAUCUGUCGGCUCGACCAGCGCGGUCGCUCCAGGUUCGUUUGAAGAUGUCCAGUAAAAUGUCUGAAAGUGUUAUCACUCGUACAUGAGCAGGUUGAUAUUUCAACAUGGUGAAAAACUAAACGUCAUUGUGGGAUAUGAUAUAAGCUAUGUGUUGAAUGAGUCUGUUUUUUUUCCUACCAUUUUCACUAAUUUCAAAACUACCGUUAUGUUUUCCAUUUUUCACAUUUGGAAAAACAGGUCAAUAACAUAUACUCUUUUUUAUUUUAAAUAUAUAUAAAAUGUGCUGCUUUUUUUUUUUUUUUUUGCAGAUUUAUUUGUUAUAUCUCCAAAUUACUACAACAUGUGCUCUGGACAAAAAAAUAAACUAGCCAAAGAUGCUAACUUAGUCCCCAGCACGUUCUGGUUCUCAACUUGAGAAAUGUGACUCAAAAUACACAAAAAUGGACUUAUGACGGCAUGGACAAACCAGCAUGAGUGAUACUUGUCAAGUUUGAAAAUGUUUUGCAUGAAUCUUGUGUCUUUAAUAUUUUGACUCCUGAGCAGCCGAUCCCAGCUGCGCUCUUCUUUACCACUAAACUCUGAGGAGUGACCGGCAGCUAGCAGUUUGAAGCUAGCUCACACAACAAAGAGCACAGUGCUGUUUGGCAACAACAAAACAAACAAAAUGGUUGCCGCACAAAAUAACGUGUGGCAGCUUCAUUUUUCCUGUCAUAGUUUUCUUGCCACUGUAUUAUAGUAAACUAUGUGGCCCUCCUUCAUAGUUGCUAUGGUUCCCUCCAUGAACAAUCCUCUCCCUCUGUCAUGUCUAUAUCCCCCUUGACUGCCAUUGUUUUUUGUUAUUGAAUGUCCAUAUAAAAUGUUUUAUAUAAAAAUGUUUUGUUGUGA